GCUUCCCGAGAGGUCCCGGGUGCGGAGCAAACGGGCCCCGCGAGGGAGGCGCUCGGGAAAGCCGUCGGCCUUCCGCGGGAGGAAACGGGCCUCGGAGCCGCCCUUCGCGGGGGGGGCGGCGGCGGCGGAAGCCGGGCUCGGUGCUGGCGGAAAGGCGAAAAGGGGACGCAGAAUCGCCGGGCGAGCCCGCUUCCCGGCCCUCCCCUCCCCCGGCGCGCCCAGAGCAGCUUCGUCACCGCGCGGCUCGUCGCCCCUCGGUCCGCCCGCCCAGCCGCGGAGCCGCAGGGGGCGGGCAGAGGGAGCGGCUCGGCCGGGCGCGCGUUUUGGCCGCUGAUCGGCGCGCCCCGUUCCCGCCUGGUCCUGUCGCGCUCGGCCGCCACCGACUCCAGCGCCGCCGAAUUCCCAGAGUGAGCUGAAGCUGCUAUCGUGGAAGCUGAAUGGAAAAGUUGCAGAAGCAUCUGACUUCCCCGAGGAGCAUCAUUGUCUCGACUCGGGGCUCAGGGAUCCCCGGAUCUCCCUCCAGCAUUGUGGCCAAAAUGGACGACGAAGUCCUUGGCUACAAGGACUUGGCAGCCAUCCCCAGGGACAAGGCGAUCCUGGACAUCGAGCGUCCUGACCUAAUGAUCUACGAGCCCCACUUCACCUACUCCCUCCUCGACCACGUGGACCGGCCAGGGAGCCGAGAGCCUUCGCUCUCACCCACGUCUCUCUCUCCUCCCCCAUCGCCAGAAGUCAGCCAUGACUGGGCAGAGGCCAAAUCCCCAGGAAGUGUUGGCAAGGCCUCCGGGCGCCGGGCCGGCAGCAGAAACCGCUCUGGAGUCCAGCACUUCCAUCAUCCUGAGACCAACACAGCGGAGAUGAACAUCUACAAGAAGCCCCCCAUCUACAAGCAGAGAGACGCUGGGCUGGCACCAACUCCCGAGAGCAAACGGCCGAUUGAGGGCCUGAUUAUUGAAUCCUCCAAAUUCCCUGCUGCUCAGCCACCGGAUCCCAGCCAGCCGGCCAAGAUCGAGACCGACUACUGGCCCUGCCCGCCCUCCCUGGCAGUCAUGGAGACUGAGUGGCGGAGGCAAAAGGCGUCCAAGAGAGGUGAGGAUGUGGAUGAGGACUCAGAAGAGAUGAAAAGUCUCCAGGAGCUGCAGGAACAGGAGCUGAGCAAGGUGGCCUCCAAUCUGGGCAAACUCAUUCUGAAGGAGGAGAUGGAGAAAUCUCUCCCAGUCCGGAGGAAGACCCGCUCACUUCCAGAUCGAACUCCCUUCCAUGCCUCUCUGCAUGGAGGGAGCUCAAAAUCAGCCUCGCUUCCUGCCUCUGGGAGAAAUACGCUUGCCAGGCUGCAGUCGACAGAGUUUGGAACUGGCAGCAGUGAGAAAGGCAGUCCAGGUCUGCAGAAUGGCCAGAGAAGCCGCAUGGACAGAGGCAGCUCCCUCCCCAGCAUGCUGGAGCAGAAGAUUUAUCCGUAUGAGGUGCUGAUGGUGACCAACCGAGGGCGAGUCAAACUGCCCCCGGGAGUGGACCGAACGCGACUUGAGCGGCACCUGUCGCCCGAGGACUUCCAGAAGGUCUUUGAGAUGCCCCCGGAGGAGUUCUCCCGAUUGGCCCUGUGGAAGCGGAACGAGCUGAAGAAGAAAGCCUUUCUCUUCUGAGUCUCUUGCAGCCUCCCUGCCCAGCGUGAGCUCCGCGUGUGUUGUGCAUCGCAGAGGCUUUAGAGCACCUCUUGAGCAGGCGCCAAGGAACAUUCCUCCCCCCCUCCCAGCCAUGAGGAAGCCGGCCGGCGGGCCCCAGUCGGGCAAGAGAAAAGGAGCUGCCUAGGAGUGUGUAGCCCCCCCCCGAGCAUGAGCCAGAACCUGGAAUAGUUGGGUGAGAAAGGGGGGCACCUCUGCUUCCCUGGCAUCUGAGAGGCACCUCCUCAACCACCAUUCAGCAGGAGGGACGUCGUCACUGCCUUGGUUGUCCCCCGUGGCCAAAUGGCAAGCUUUGUGGAGCAGGCACCCCUAACCAGAGGCACCUCAAAAGGGCCAGUCUCCCUCCUAGCUGCCUUCAUUCUCCUCCCCAGGCAGUUGGGACCUUGGAUUGCCCCAGCUUGCCCUCCUCUCGUCAUGGGCCUUCUUAGUGCCCAGACUUGGGCUGGGCUUCCAGGUGGGGCUCUGGGCAGCGGUGCAACUGCCUGUGCGGGUCUUUGUCCUGGCUGCAGCUGGCUUCCCACUGCCCUGUCCCUGGAGGGUGGAGGAUUGCUCCCCCACAAACGGGGAGGUGCAUGAGGCCCCACAGCACUCAUUCUGAAUCCCCUUCCCCAGAAACACAUCUUUUUAAGAUUGCCCUGCAACUUCACUCUUUCUGGGACAGUUUAAGUCCUUCAGAGGAGGGGUCUGCGCAUGAACCUUCUCACACAGCAGAGGCAAGAGUGUGCAGAGACCCUGUUCCCUCCAUCACCCACCAAACGGGCAUCUGAUUGUGUAGAGGUGGACACAGGCAUAAUGGCUGCUGCUGGGCCACGAGAGCUGGGUGGCAGGAGGGCCUGGGAGAGCGCCACCCUGACAGCUGCUGGCUGCGGGGGGGGGGGUGAUGGGGAUCAGGAGGCAUCUCCUCAUUCCAGUUACGCUAACAGGCACAAGGCUGAGAUCCUCACUGCAGGCCUAGAGGUGGGUGUGGAAUCUCCACUCACCCAUGAACAGGAAAGCCCCAAAGAAGAAUCAAGUGAUGGAAGAGUCCUGCCCAAAGUUCAUUUGCAAAUAGGAACUCCGAGCUACGCAGAUCCAAAGGGGGGGCGGGGGGGGGCUCUCCAACCCUCAUGGCAAACAAUCUCCCAAGGAUGUCAUGCUCAGCAGAAAGGAGGCUGCUGCCCGAUCGGCUCUUGAGGAACCUGGCACUUUAGGAUGAGCCGUGAAGAAAGCGGAAGGCUUCUCUUGCAUUCCAACGCCCCAAAGUGGCAAAUCCUGAUGUGGGACGAGUGCCCCACCUGAAAUACAGCUGCGCGAGAACAAAGCUGUGCCACAAAUUGGUGGGAACUGCCUUCAGAGGCUCUGCCGCGAGAGCCUGGAACUCCGCUCAUCCACUUUCCUACAGUUUCGGCCCACCCUGCCGUUCCCUUUCCUGUCAUUCCACUCUGUGCAAAUGUAGAGCGCUACUUUUAUGAUUGUUGUUAAAUGUGGGCCUCUUACUGUAGUUCAGUCCCACCAACCUACUUUUGCUGAUGUCAAAAUCUGUGACAAUUUCCCCCUUUUUAAUUAAAUGUGAAGCAGCUUUAUUCAAAAA